AAAGCAUAUAGUAUACACCAACGAACGAGCAUGGUGAAGUUUGAUUACCAGCAGGAAUACAUAAGAAAUUCGAGAGACGUUGAGUUGUUCGCUUGCAGAUGGAUCCCUUCUUCUUCUCCUCCCAAAGCUCUCAUCUUCCUCUGCCAUGGCUACGUGAUGGAGUGCAGUGACUUCAUGAGAGAAUGCGGGAUAAGGCUGGCUUCAGCAGGAUAUGCGGUAUUUGGAAUGGACUACGAAGGUCAUGGUCGGUCCAAAGGAGCUCGUUGUUACAUCAAGAAGUUCAGUAACAUAGUAAACGACUGCUAUCAUUAUUACACCUCAAUCUCUGCGCAAGAAGAAUACAAAGAAAAAGGCAGAUUCUUGUAUGGAGAAUCCAUGGGAGGUGCGGUUGCUUUGCUGCUACACAAGAAAGAUCCUUCUUUCUGGAAUGGUGCCCUUCUCGUCGCUCCAAUGUGUAAGAUAUCAGAGAAGGUGAAACCACAUCCAGUAGUGAUUAAUCUACUAACAAGAGUGGAGGAGAUUAUACCAAAGUGGAAGAUCGUGCCCACGAAAGAUGUUAUCGAUGCUGCCUUCAAAGACCCGAUCAAACGCGAAGAGAUAAGGAACAACAAGCUGAUAUAUCAAGACAAACCAAGACUCAAAACAGCACUUGAGAUGCUUCGAACAAGCAUGAACCUCGAAGACAGUCUCCACGAGAUCACAUUACCCUUCCUUGUUCUUCACGGUGAAGCAGACAUAUUGACCGAUCCUGAGAUUAGCAAAGCUCUGUUCGAGAAAGCAAGCUCACGUGACAAAACCAUUAAACUUUAUCCAGGGAUGUGGCAUGGGUUGACUUCUGGUGAGCCUGACGCUAACGUUGACCUCGUUUUUUCUGACAUCAUUACUUGGCUUGAUGAUCGCACUGGCGAAUCUGCUUCACUCACUGUCACUCCGGUCCGAAAUCUUACCGCAAAUGUUCAAAAAGUCGUGGAAGGCGCUUGUACCGAUAAAGGGAAACCUAAAAGGCAGCAUGCUAGUCUGCUUUGUGGGUUAAACGGUGGUGGUCGCCGUUUGGUCCAUUGA